UAAUUUCUAUAGCCGAAAUAAAUAAAUAGACUAGCCUAUCUAUGUAGCCUAGGGUUACUCGUUUUGUAUGGAAGCGCAACAAUUUGGGGAUGGUGUUGAUGUGUGUGUUAAAAAAGAGCAAACGCAGUCGUUUUCAAUUAGUUUCGUUGUGCGACACAUAUCAGCCGUAGGGUAGGCCUACUGAAGAAAUUAUGCGGUGAGCCACUGACACCUUGUGGAGCGAAUAUGGAGAAAGGAGAAUCGGUUGGUUAGGAGGACCUACCAGUGGAGUUUAAUAGUCCACGUGACUAGUUUAGGUUUAAACCAUCGCUCAACUGCAGGUAAGAAAGCCACGAGUAAACAAUCAUGAGCGAACACCAACGGUCUCCUCCCGAGAGAUUGAAGGCCUUGGAAGACUGGCUUCAGACGACCAACACAAGAUUAGCUCAAGUAAAUGGUCAGCGGAAAUAUGGCGGGCCACCACCAGACUGGUCCGGUCCUGCCCCUGGUGCUGGGUGUGAGGUCUUCUUAUGCCAGCUGCCGCGUGAGGUGUUCGAGGACACCUUGGUCCCCCUGUGCCAGUCGGCCGGGCCCCUCUAUGAGUUCCGCCUGAUGAUGAACUUCAGCGGCCAGAACCGCGGCUUCGCCUACGCGAAGUACAGCACGCCGCCGGCCGCCCGCGCCGCCAUUCGCAUCCUGCACCGCAGCACGCUGCCCUGCGGCGCCUCGCUGGUGGUCCGACUGAGCACGGAGAAGCACCAGCUGGUUCUGGAGGGCCUGCCAGGCGGCCUGGAGCGGCCCGCCCUGAUGGCGGUGCUGGAGGAGCUGGGCGAGGGCCUGGUGGGGCUCAAGCUGAAGACAGCCGUGGUGGGGGCCCAGCAGGAGAGGCAGACCACGGCGCUGGCCACCUACUCCAGCCAUCACACCGCGUCCAUGGUCAAGAAGGUGGUGGUGCAAGCCUUUAAGAAGCAGUUUGGAGUUGCCUUGACCGUGAGCUGGACGUCCUCCACUGCACUGCCGACCAGUCCCGACAGGUAUGACAAGCAUGGCACCUCCCCACCCCGCCGGAGUGGCAAAUCUACCAAACCGCCACGCCUGUCUCUCCCCAGCCUGCCCUUACCUCCCCAGACCCCGGUCCCACCCAGGUACAACACGCCCCUCCCCAACCGGCCCCCAGUAUUGUUCCCAAACCUGUCUCCCUUGCCACAAGGCCUCCUCCCGCCGUCCCUCCCCCUCAUCCAGGGCUUCCCUACGGCGGUGGGCGUCGGGGCAGAUUUCGGGGGCGCUGCGGGCCUGCAGGGGGGGGGGCCCACGGAGGCCCCGCAGUGGGGGGGCAACCCUGUGUUCUUCCUGCGCUGGCUGUGUGAGACCAUGGGUCUGGGGGCGCCCCACUAUGAGCUGAUGCAGCAGUACACGUGCGCCGAUGGCUACCAGCACUUCCAGUGGAAGGUGAGCAUUCCGGGGCUGGCCGUGCCUGCUUUCCCCGUGACGGCCCACAUCCAGGCGGACCCCGAGGUGGGGGUCAGCGGCCUCAUGAGGCAGGCGCAGUGUGCCGCUGCCAUGGAGAUGCUGCAGAAUGUACUCAACCCUCCCCAGGUCUGACAGCCUGGGGUGUCGAGUCUCUUUCUCUUACACACACACACACACAGUUGCCA